AUGGUUUUCUUGCCUCUUUUUAUCAUAUCAACUCGAGUCUUUGGACAAAUCUGGACGGUGUUUUAUAAAACUACAUCAGUAUGUGCUCUCAAUGGCUCCACAGUAAACAUGUCAUGUUCGUACACAUACCCUCAGCAGUAUAAACUGACUGAUACAUUCUGGAUGCUAGGUGUAGAGAUCAAAAGUUUAAAAGAAUAUCCCAAGUAUAAAGACAGGGUUGAAUACAUUGAAGACAGACAGAAACAAACUGCUGUUCUCAGACUGCACAACAUCACUAACAAUGAUGAAAGAGUUUAUUUUUUCAGAUUAGUAACUGAUACUGUAGGACAAAAAUGGAUUGGUCAACCAGGAAUUCAGCUUAAAGUUUCAGCUCUUCAGGUAAAGGCACCACAGCUGGUGCUGGAGAAAGAAAGAGUCAAUCUGACCUGUGAAAGCACAUGCAGUCUGACAGAUGCAUUUAUCUGGUACAAAAAUGGACAGGCUUUAAAGAUCCAGAACAAAACCCUCCAGCUUCAGUCCGAGCGCAGUGAUUCUGGCCGUUACAGCUGCGCCGUCAGAGGACAUGAAGACCUGCCCUCUCCUGCUGUCAGCGUCAAUGUCAUGUAUCCCCCUCUAAACACCUCAGUGUCCAUCAGUCCGUCUGAAAUAGUGGAGGGAGAUUCAGUGACUCUGAUCUGCAGCAGUGACUCAAACCCUCCUGCUCUGAACUUCAGCUGGUUUAAGGAGAAUCAAAGCUCAGCUGUUGGAUCUGGACAGAGUUUCAUCAUCUCCAGCUUUAACUCCAGUCACAGCGGACGCUACUAUUGUGAGGCUCAGAAUCAACAUGGAUCUCAGAGAUCAGCGUCUGUUUCAGUCUCUGUUAAAGGUGAUUGGGAUAUCUUGUAUAUCAUUGCUGUCUGUGUCACUUCUGCAAUAAUAGUUGGAUGUGGGCUCUUGUUUCUCAUCAUCAUCAUUGUGCACAAAAGGACUAAGAAAAGUAAUAAUGACUCUAAGGACACAGAGCAAAAAAAGACGUCUGCAGGAAAGGCCUCUGAAUCCAGAGACGCUGAAAAUGCUUCUGCUCAAGAUGACAGAGAUACAGACACAAAGAAACCUGAAGCGGAGGAGAUUGCAUAUGCCAGCAUUACAUUUCACCAUCCAGCUAAUGAAGCCAAAUCUGCUGCAAGCCAAGACAUGGAUGUAUCUGUGAUUUACAGCGGCAUUAGAUGAUCCAGCCUAAUCUAUGUAGAUCCAGAUCAUGAAAAGAAAAUGUAAUCAUGUUUUGGGUUUUGCCUUGCUUAUUAAGCAUUUGCAGCUCCAUCAUGGUUAACAUUUGGAUGAUUUACAUCUCUUGUAAGCCAAAUAAACAAACAAGCACAGAGUGAAGUGAAUGUAGUAUGAGGCAUUUGUGAUCUCUCUCUCUCUCUCUCUCUCUCUCUCUCUCUCUCUCUCUCUCCAUAUCUAGACAUUUAAAGAAUUUGCUGUUUAUUUCUUUCUCGUUCAAGUCGCACCAUACAUAAUUUCGCAAAGUAAAAUACAUAGGCUUUUUACUUGUAUUUAAAUCAAGACCAGCACACUGCAGAAACAUGAACACACGUGUGCCAUGCUAAUCCAAGUGAGAGUCGUCACAUCUGCUCAGCUGUGGACAAAAAUCACUUUAACAGAAUGCAUUGCUAUAUCCCACGUGCUAAUAAAAAGGUACAAACA